UGUCAAUUUUUAUUUGAAAAUGGCGGACGAUGCAUCAAGCAGUAGCGGCUGUGCCGGUAAUUUAGUGGAUAACUCAAUAAAUCAGGAUGAAUUGAUUAUGAAACAGCAACGGGAGAUAGAAAAAGAGAUAUCAGAGUCGAUACCGCUUGUUGGGGAACUCGAAGCCUUAUCAUCAUUAGAAAAAGAAUACAAUGAGGACCCAGUGUAUCUUCUAAAAGUAAAAGAUCUGGCUUCUAAGUAUAAGUAUAUGAGGAGAACGCGGCCUGACGGUAACUGCUUUUUCCGGGCAUUUUCGUACGCAUACUUAGAGUAUCUUCUCACAGAUAAGGCCGAGUAUGAAAAGUUUUUUGAAAUAGCAAAGAACUCCAAAGAAAUCCUCCUAGCGUUAGGCUUCUCUCAAUUCACAGUGGAAGACUUUUACGAGACAUUUAUGGAAGUUGUCCAACGGGUCGGAGAGCAGGCCGGGGGCUCCCCGGACGGCAUGGAGCCGAUCCGCGCCGAGCUCCACGACAAGUUCAACAAGCAGGGCUAUUCCGACUACAUUGUGGUGUACCUGCGCCUCGUCACUUCCGGCCAGCUGCAAACCCAACAUGACUUCUACCAGAACUUUAUAGAGGGGCCCCGGACUGUGACUGAAUUUUGUAGGCAGGAAGUGGAGCCAAUGUACAAGGAGUCGGACCACAUCCACAUAAUAGCCCUCAGCAACGCGCUUAAUGUCGGCGUGAGGGUGGAGUACAUGGACCGUGGAGACGGCAGCCAGGUGAUCGCGCACGUGUUCCCCGAAGGCGCCAAGCCGCUGGUGCAGCUUCUGUACCGGCCCGGCCACUACGACAUCCUGUACGCGUGAAGCCCGACCAACGUUACAACUACAAUAAACUUAUUACCACUC